AUUUAUUUUUUAUCCCCUUACUUCAUCCCUCUGUUAUGGUUCGCCGCAUGGUCGUGUGACAACAUCACAGCUGUUUACCGCAGAUCAAAGCAACUUAUUUCUGUCAUUCUGCAUUGCUUACUUGGUGCAGCAUCAAACCUUUUUACUUUUUCUUUCUUUUUUCUUUUUCUGUUCUUCUUCUACUGCUUGAUACAGCUGUAUCUUUGUCACUGCUUUUUUUUCAUCUCUACGCAAUGCCUAGGCAACAUUAUUCCUGCGACCAGUGUCGACGGUCCAAAAGGGCAUGCGAUGCUCCCCAGUUAGAGGUACCCGCACAUUUGAACGGGCACGCCGCCUCGAUACUGAGUGGGAAUCUCCAAGCGCCCGAGACGAAACAAUGCUCGUACUGCCGGAGGACGGGCAAGACGUGCACCAUGAACUGGGCGUGGCAGCAGAUCCAAGUCUCGUUGGCGCUGCAGGCCGCUUCCCGCCAGCAUUUGAUGCCGACGAAAUCGCAGAAGCGUGGGUUCGCCGAUGAUGUGCACACUGGUGGAUAUACUAUAGCCACGACGACAGCAAUACCCGACGUCGGGGUCGGGGAUGUCUCGAUGCUACCCGAAGCUGAUCUCAGUAACGUCAUGUCGGCGCCGCUGUCAGAUGAUCUGUUUGACCUGCAGUCACUCCAUGCCGACGCGAGCUUUCCUUUCCCGCCACAACCGAUUCCUUCUCUGGAAGGGGGUCUGCCGUUCGACUUGUCACAUCCGUUUGGUCCGACGUUCCCUACCGCGGCGACGACGUACUCGCACCCAGGGUCCGAUCACAUCGACUAUACACAGGUGGACAGCGCACCCACCUUCAACCCCAGCCCUUCCAUGUCAGUUUCGUCAUCAUUCUCUCCAAACCAUCCAUCCGCCCGAUCAUCCAGCUUCGCCAGUUUCACGAGCUCAACCAGCAACAGCGAGCUGCAACGAAGCAACAAGCGUCGCCGCCACCGCUACACACCUGAAGACACCAACACCACCACCACCGCGUCAUCAUCUCCCUCGUCUAUGGCCUUGUGUUCCGCCUCGCCCAUCUCCCGCUUCUCCAUCGACCAGCGGAUGAUGGCCUCCGCGACGAGCGCCUCCAUCUCCUCCGGCCUGCUGCAGAUCUACCACGACGUGCUGGAGCACAACCUCUCGUGCUGGCUGACCGAGGGCACGUGUCCCUACAAGGGCGUCUCCCGCCGCGAGGACGCCCUACGGCUCGCCGAGUGGGGGCCGAACUGGACUAACCGAGUCCUCCAGCGCACCGUCAAGCUCGACCGCGCCGCGAGGGAGACGGGUCUGGUCAAGACAACCAAGGCCCAGGACAAGGCGGCCAGCAGGGCGCUGCACUCGGCCAUCAUGGCCUUUGCGACGCAGUGGGCGCAGGGCAGUCGGAGGCAGCGCCGGCGGUACCGUUCGAGGUUGUCUUCGUCGUCGCCUGAUUCGUUUGGUUGUGCGACUUCGUCGUCGUCGUCGUCAUCAUCAUCAUCAUCUUCGUCGUCUUGCUACUCUGGGGAUGGAGAUGACAUUGAGCGUCAGAUGACGGAGGAGUUUGACAGGAGCAUCCAGCGGCACUUUUGGGCGCAGGCGAGGGCGGCGCUGGACGACGUCGCUCACCUCGAGUCGUACAAGGUGGCGUGUGCGGAGCUGGUGUUUGGGCUCGCGCAGAGGCCGUGGGGUGAGGAGGAUGAGGAUGACGAAGACGAGGAUCGAGGUGAUGGGUUCUGUGCUGGGGGUGAGUGGGAUCUGAGGUCUGGGUCUGGACCUGGUACUGGUUGUGGGCAGGCCGAUCCGUUUGACACCACGUCUCUCAUGACCGAGAUUGACAGGGUCCUGGAAAAGGAUGGGCCGCCGGUCUACAUAGAGCGGGCAAUGCGGCGGGUGCAAGCUCUCAAGCGUCGCUUCGAGGCUUCAUCCAAGGGCUGGGCAGGUUUGCAAUCACCACAGCAUCAACAGCAGCAACAACACCAGCAUCAACAUGCACAAUACGGAAACGGGUUCAAUCACCAAAGACUCGAACAAGAGGAUGAAAAAACGAUCGGCCUCCUUUACUGGCUCGCAGUGAUGUUUGAUACAGUCUCCUCGGGCAUGAACGAGCGCCCACUGUCAGUGACGGAUGAGGACAGCCAGCACGACCGAGCAUCGGAGCAGCACAAGAACGACGACGGGCCUGACGGGCAGUCCCGCGGCUGGAAGGUGGAGCUCUUCAUCGACGACGAGGUCACGCGGCCCCGGAUGCGAACCACGUGGCCGUGCAGCUACCAAGACGCCGCCGAGGCGGUCACACGCUCGGCCCCGGCCAAGGUGCUACUGUACCGACACCUCGCGCACCUGCAGACGGUGCUGCUGCAGCAGACUUCAGCGGGGCCGGAAAAAGUCGAGGCGGCCAUCUCGCGCGCGGCGGGUCUGCAUCGGUACUGGAACGUGACGCACGGGGCCUUCUUCCGCGACCUGGUCCGGCACUACCGCGAAGUUCCCGCGCGCAUCCGGAGCUGGUUCGUCUGCAUCUCGGCGCACUGGCACCUGGCCGUGCUGAUGCUGGCGGACCUGGUCGAGUUUGCCGACGCGCGGGGGAGAGGCUUGGCGGUCGAGGCGGACGCGAGGCGCGGCACCGGGAUGGUGGCCAACAUGCGGGCCGGGAGCGCAGCUGAGCUGGCGGACCUGGCGAGGGUGUCGACGCCGGUCGGGCUCGAUGGUGGUCCCGGGGCGUUCGAGGCGGGGCCCGAGAUGCCGGGGUUGCAUCAUGCCGUCAACGAGGGCACCAUCAUGACGGAGCCGUGGACCGUCAUACUGAUACGGGCGUUUUCCCGCGCGGCCGUGUUGAUGAUGCGCGACGCGGGGAGUCGUAGGCAGCAGCAGCAGCAGCAGCAGCAGUAUGGUCUGGGGACCGCCGGGGAUGGUGCGGGCAGGAGUAGGGUUGAGGACUGCAUCCGGGCGCUGUUUUACCUGGGAAGGAAGUCGGACAUGGCGAUGAAAGUGGCGGAUGUGCUAGAGGAGGCUUGGGUAAGGACGCGAGGGGAUUGA